GCACAGCUCUGCUUCUUCUCCAUCUCUGGGUGGGAAUGAGCUGGAGAGGAAGUCCAAGGCUACCCUGUCUUGAACCCUGAGACGACGAGGCUUUUGGAGCAGCGUUCACCCUCUGAGCCCAGGCAAGCCAGAGACCCCCCAGUCGCACUCUGCAGGAGUAGGAGCCAGCCCAGCGCUGCGCUUCCAGCUGCGUCUGCCUGGGCGCAGCACGUGCUCCAGGCGCUGGCGCGAGAGAGCGAGCGCCACCACCGCGGGCCCGCAGCCGUUCUGCUGGCUGUCACUACUGCUUCGAUCGCAGCCACUAGCGCUUCAGCAGCAGCCAAGGCCGCUAUGAAAGCGCAGGGAGCUUCUAAGGAGCGGCUGUCCAGAGGAACAAGGCUCAGGGCGCGCACCUGGUUUUGAAUAUCAUGAUCAUAUGGACGCAUCUAUCUAGACACUUUCUGGGGACCUUGUUAAAUUUUAAAGGCUAUAUCUAAAUUGCUGCCUAAUUCCUCAAUGUGUUACUCAACACAGGACAUCAUCUGACUGCACCUAUUGGAAAUCUGAGAUUCCUCCACCAUGAUUUGUUUAUUAGUUUAAAAUUUUUUCCCCCUAAAAUGGUCCUUCUGUUGAUACUCUCAGUCCUACUUUUGAAAGAAGAUGUUCGGGGGAGUGCACAGUCCAGUGAGAGGAGGGUGGUGGCUCACAUGCCAGGAGACAUCAUUAUUGGAGCCCUCUUCUCUGUCCACCACCAACCAACUGUGGACAAAGUUCAUGAGAGGAAGUGUGGGGCAGUCCGCGAGCAGUAUGGAAUUCAGAGAGUGGAGGCGAUGCUGCAUACCCUGGAAAGGAUCAAUUCAGAUCCCACACUCUUGCCCAACAUCACACUGGGCUGUGAGAUAAGAGAUUCCUGCUGGCAUUCAGCUGUGGCCCUAGAGCAAAGCAUUGAAUUUAUAAGGGAUUCCCUUAUCUCUUCAGAAGAGGAAGAGGGCUUGGUACGCUGUGUGGAUGGCUCUUCAUCCUUCCGCUCCAAGAAACCCAUAGUGGGAGUCAUUGGGCCUGGCUCAAGUUCUGUGGCUAUUCAAGUCCAGAAUUUGCUUCAGCUUUUCAACAUACCUCAGAUUGCUUACUCUGCCACCAGCAUGGACCUGAGUGACAAGACUCUAUUCAAGUACUUCAUGAGAGUUGUACCUUCAGAUGCCCAGCAGGCACGAGCCAUGGUGGACAUAGUGAAGAGAUACAAUUGGACUUACGUCUCAGCUGUGCACACAGAAGGCAACUAUGGAGAAAGUGGGAUGGAGGCUUUCAAAGAUAUGUCAGCCAAGGAAGGCAUUUGCAUCGCCCACUCUUACAAAAUCUACAGCAAUGCUGGGGAGCAGAGCUUUGACAAGCUGUUGAAGAAGCUCAGAAGUCACUUGCCUAAGGCCAGGGUGGUAGCCUGUUUCUGCGAAGGCAUGACAGUGCGGGGUCUGCUGAUGGCCAUGAGACGCUUGGGUCUAGCAGGAGAGUUUCUGCUUCUGGGCAGUGAUGGCUGGGCUGACAGGUAUGACGUGACAGACGGGUAUCAGCGAGAAGCUGUUGGUGGAAUUACAAUCAAACUCCAGUCUCCUGAUGUCAAGUGGUUUGAUGAUUAUUAUCUAAAACUCCGACCAGAAACAAACCUCAGAAACCCUUGGUUUCAAGAAUUUUGGCAGCAUCGUUUUCAGUGCCGGCUGGAAGCGUUUGCACAGGAGAACAGCAAGUACAACAAGACAUGCAACAGCUCUCUGACUCUGAGAACACAUCACGUUCAGGAUUCCAAAAUGGGAUUUGUGAUCAAUGCAAUCUACUCUAUGGCGUAUGGGCUCCACAACAUGCAGAUGUCCCUGUGCCCAGGGUACGCAGGCCUCUGUGACGCCAUGAAACCGAUUGAUGGGCGGAAACUUUUGGACUCCCUGAUGAAAACCAAUUUUACUGGAGUUUCUGGAGAUAUGAUCCUAUUUGAUGAAAACGGAGACUCUCCAGGAAGGUAUGAAAUAAUGAAUUUCAAGGAAAUGGGAAAAGAUUAUUUUGAUUACAUCAAUGUUGGAAGUUGGGACAAUGGGGAAUUAAAAAUGGACGAUGAUGAAGUAUGGUCCAAGAAAAAUCAUAUCAUCAGAUCUGUGUGCAGUGAACCAUGUGAGAAGGGCCAGAUAAAGGUGAUCCGGAAGGGAGAAGUGAGCUGCUGUUGGACCUGCACACCUUGUAAAGAGAAUGAGUAUGUGUUUGAUGAGUACACCUGCAAGGCAUGCCAACUGGGGUCCUGGCCCACUGAAGACCUGACAGGUUGUGAUUUGAUCCCAGUACAGUAUCUUCGCUGGGGGGAUCCUGAGCCCAUUGCAGCUGUGGUGUUUGCCUGCCUCGGCCUCCUGGCCACUCUCUUUGUUACGGUAAUCUUCAUCAUUUAUCGGGACACUCCAGUGGUCAAAUCUUCCAGCAGAGAACUCUGCUACAUCAUCCUUGCUGGCAUCUGCCUGGGAUACUUAUGUACCUUCUGCCUCAUUGCGAAGCCGAAACAGAUUUACUGUUAUCUCCAGAGAAUUGGCAUCGGUCUCUCUCCAGCCAUGAGCUAUUCAGCCCUUGUAACAAAGACCAACCGUAUUGCAAGGAUCCUAGCUGGCAGCAAGAAGAAGAUCUGUACUAAAAAACCCAGAUUCAUGAGUGCCUGUGCUCAGUUAGUGAUUGCUUUCAUUCUCAUCUGUAUCCAGUUGGGCAUUAUCGUGGCCCUGUUUAUCAUGGAGCCUCCUGAUAUAAUGCAUGACUACCCAAGCAUUCGAGAAGUCUACUUGAUUUGUAACACCACCAACCUAGGGGUUGUUACUCCUCUUGGAUACAAUGGAUUGUUGAUUUUGAGCUGCACGUUCUAUGCGUUCAAGACCAGAAAUGUCCCAGCCAACUUUAAUGAGGCCAAGUAUAUUGCCUUCACCAUGUACACGACCUGCAUCAUAUGGCUGGCCUUCGUGCCUAUCUACUUUGGCAGCAACUACAAAAUCAUCACCAUGUGUUUCUCAGUCAGCCUCAGCGCCACAGUGGCCCUGGGCUGCAUGUUUGUGCCGAAAGUGUACAUCAUCCUAGCCAAACCAGAGAGAAAUGUGCGCAGCGCCUUCACGACGUCUACAGUGGUGCGCAUGCACGUCGGGGAUGGCAAGUCAUCCUCCGCUGCCAGCAGAUCCAGCAGCCUCGUCAACCUGUGGAAGAGGAGGGGCUCCUCCGGGGAAACCCUAAGGUACAAAGACAGGAGGCUGGCCCAGCACAAGUCGGAAAUAGAAUGUUUCACCCCCAAAGGGAGUAUGGGGAAUGGUGGGAGAGCAACAAUGAGCAGCUCCAACGGGAAAUCCGUGACAUGGGCCCAGAAUGAGAAGAGCAGCCGGGGGCAGCACCUGUGGCAGCGACUGUCGGUCCACAUCAACAAGAAGGAGAACCCCAACCAGACAGCUGUCAUCAAACCCUUCCCCAAGAGCACGGAGAGCCGCGGGCCGGGGGCGGGGGCGGGCGGCGGGGGCUCGGGCCCCGGGGCAGGGGGCGCUGGUAACGCAGGAUGCGCCGUGGCAGGCGGCCCGGAGCCGCCCGACGCGGGCCCCAAGGCUCUGUACGACGUCGGGGAGGCCGAGGAGCGCUUUCCCGCGACCGCCAGGCCGCGCUCGCCCUCGCCCAUCAGCACGCUGAGCCACCUCGCGGGCUCGGCGGGGCGCACAGACGACGACGCGCCGUCGCUGCACUCCGAGACCGCGGCGCGCAGCAGCUCGUCCCAGGGCUCGCUCAUGGAGCAGAUCAGCAGCGUGGUGACCCGCUUCACCGCCAACAUCACCGAGCUCAACUCCAUGAUGCUGUCCACCUCGGCGGCGCCGGGGCCGGCUGGCGCCCCCAUCUGCUCCUCUUACCUGAUUCCCAAAGAGAUCCAGCUGCCCACGACCAUGACGACCUUCGCGGAGAUCCAGCCGCUGCCGGCCAUCGAGGUGACCGGAGGAGCUCAGCAGGCCGCAGGGGCAUCACCUGCCCAGGAGACGCCCGCAGGAGCUGAGGCUGCCCCAGGCAAACCGGACCUGGAGGAGCUGGUGGCCCUCACUCCGCCAUCGCCCUUCAGGGACUCGGUGGACUCGGGGAGCACCACCCCAAACUCUCCGGUCUCUGAAUCGGCCCUCUGCAUCCCAUCCUCUCCCAAAUAUGACACUCUCAUCAUCAGAGAUUACACGCAAAGUUCCUCGUCGUUGUGAGCCACUGGAAACUUCCCCAGGAUAGGCGUGAGCAGCAGACCUCGGUGUUCACACGUGGGCGCAGCGACACCCACAGUCACCACAACAGGGAACCUGAGGUGGAAGAGGCCAAGAGCACGCACAGUGGAUACACAAGAUCAAUAGUGCUAUUUAACGACAGCCGAUGACGACACCUAUUACACAUCUUCUGGCAGAUUAUCUUCUAGUGGCCUUAGAAAACAUGGGCUUUUAAGAAACACUGCUUCUGUUUGUGGAGUGCUGACCGGGAGAGGCUGAAGCAGUUACAAUACCAAGUGCUUUGCUCUGAGGCAGCAGCAGUGUGAAACAACACCCUGAGUGGUGAAAAGUGGAGUUAAUAAGCAAUUGUAGACAGUAUUGUUUGUUUACUUCAUUUUCCCAGAAGAGUCUGAGUCAGCAAACAUUGAAUGUACAUUUUCUAAAAAACUCAAAAAAUCUGGGACCAAAAAGUCAACCUUUCUGUUUUUUUCCUUCUUUCCCUGGUCCCUCCAUGCAGACCUUGAAAAGCUAAUGAUAGGGCCCAGUUUUUACUGGGCUUGUGAGUCUCCUACGUAACACAAACGGGUAGUGUUGUGCUAGUGUACAGAGUUUCUAGCAAAGACUUUGAAAUCGGGCUGUGAAAUACUCUUCCAAAAGCCUGCUUCCUGGAUUCCGCCUCGUUAUUUCGGAUUCACUUCCAUUAACCGAGAAAACCAGUGCAAGAUUUCUGGACUCUUUCACCAUGUUGCCAAUCAAUCCUGGAGUAGCAAAAAAAAAUAAUAAUAAUAUUUUCUGGAACACUGUUUUGUAAUUCCCUCACUGGGGUGCAUUGUGUAGCUGGAAAUUCUCUUUGUAAUAAUAAUACAUGAGCUAUAGCCUGGCUCUCUCUCAUGAUAACACAGGCACUCCUCCUUAUAAAUGCCCUUGUGUUAGUGUUGCCAGCUGAAAUAGUAAGAUACGCAAUGAGCUUCCUCAUUCCUUUCUUUUGAGAACCUGAUAUACAAAGAGAUCCUCUGUUGUUGGUGGCUGUCUUACCCCAAGUCCCACCUCUGGAAGAGUAGUCCAUAGACCCCAUGAAGAUGUUUAUAAUUAGAGGGAUUGUUGUUGAAAAUAAUAAUAAUAACAAUAACAGGAAAGUUGGCACAGCCGAACAUUUGUUAAUGCCCUUGAGUAGUGAUUUUCUCUUUCCUUGGCUGCUUACAUGGGGCAGCUAAGAACUAUGACAAAUGUAGAUGUUUUCAAAGCAAUACAGAAUACUAAAACAGAGGAACCUUAAUAUCAACUACACAGUCUUUCUCAGCCAUUCCAAGAAAAAGGCAAAGCAAAUACUAUCCUUUACUUUUUAAAAUAGUUAUUAACGUGGUUUUGUGCAAUUCAUACUGUCACUUUUUAAAUAUUGCAGAAAAGAGUUUUAGAGUUACAAUAAAAACAUACUCACAUUGGUGGGCUCAUAUAGGUAGAAACUGUAACUCAAGACCUAAAUCUACUGUCAUCUUUUUAUUGGUCCCAUUGCAGCAAUCCUCAGGUACCAAAUGUUCUUGACUUUUAAAUAAAGAUAGUAAUAAAAGGAGGAGGUAUCCUGUAAAUUUAAAGUUCAGUUGACCCAGCCUUAUACUAAAGAUAGCCUUAUAAGAAAGAUUUGCCAUGAGAAAGAAGUAUAUUUUUGGCAGAGAGAAAUUUAAAUAGAACUUUAAAAUUCUUAUUUCAGUAUCCUUGACAAUUUUGUCAUUUCUUGGUUGGCUUUGAUUUUGGUUGCUAUUGGUUUUGGGUUUUUUUAUUUUUGCUUGUUUUUGUUUGCCAUCUGAUUUAAAAACAAAUUGAAACUAGAUGUCUAUUCAUUGGCCUAAUCUGUCAUUCUCCAGUUUUAAGUAUUUAUGGUUUAAAAACUAUUGAAAUUGCUUUUCUGACACCUGUUCUUAUUUGAAAUUUUAAAUCAAAUCUUUUAUUAUUAACACAUUAAAAGCUAAUAAUAAUUCAUAAGAUUAUUAUCUUAAAGUGAAUCAAACUUCUUUUUUAAUCAAGCUUCUUAAAUCAGAUUUGAAAAUAACAUUAUCAGAGCAAUGUGAUCCCAAAUAGUAAUGAGAUUUUUUUCAAACAGAAAUCUAGCUAACUUGCAUAGCUUCAUUAAAAGCAAAUGCCUGCCUCUACCUAAAAACCUAAGCAAAUAUUCUGAUAUGUCAAUGCCCCUUUGUAUCCAUCAAUAAAAUAGCGUUUGCCUGGGGUGGGUUAGUGUCUGGUUUCUUAGAUGUUAAUAUCUUUCUAGAUAUGCUCUGCUUUCUGAGUUGCAAAUUUUGUUUCAUUGACUCUUACCUUGGUUUUCUGUUUUAUUUUCACAUGCAAUAAGUUUCAUUCCUUUGACAUUUUCAUCAACAAUUUUCUUUUAUAAUUUUCAUGACAUCUUUUAAAAAAAUUACUACAUUAUCAGGGAUUGCACUAAGAAUUCUAAUUUAAUGCAAUUCCCCUGUGAUAGCAAAGUCAACUGUGACAAAAUUAUUUAUUCAAUUAGAAGAAAAUAGUUAUUUUUCUUAUAUGUUACCAUAACGUUUGCCAUUUCAUUGAAUACAUUGUAUAUUGCAAAUACCAAUAAUACAUCUUUGAAAUCUUUUACUUUGGAAUCACGCUAACUCUCUUUGUUAAUUCUAAUACCAGGUUCCGAGUAAUAAAUAUAAUAUAAAAAGAACUAAAUAUUUAUUUUAGGGCUAGAAUAUAAACUUCCAAAUUUAUUUGGGUACCUAUUCUUACUGAGUUUCCUUGAUAACAAUCUGUUCCGGGACCCGGUGAUAAAUCAGUUGGACCCUGCGUAACUAAAAAGAAGAGUGAGAAUGCUAAAAAACAGUAAAGUGGCCUGAAGGAGAAUUUGGCCUUGGUGGGAAAAAAAAAGAGAAAAAGACCUCGUUUAAUUAAGUUUAUCACCUAAAAGGUCCACUCACCUUCCUGUUAAAAAGAGUGGAGUGAGCCUGAGAAGAUGGUGUUUGACUGGGGCUAGCCAUAGGGAAGAGGAAGGAGAUCAGGAGAGGAAACUCGUAAGAAAAUUGACAGACUCAAAGGAGAAGGACAAGGCAAAUCUCCACAUGUGCUAAUCUCUGAACGUAAUAGUCUUUUUCAAAUGACUGACUUACCAGCAAGUAAUCAGAAAGACUCGGAGCUAUUUAUGACUGUAAAUGCAUUGUAUAAUGGCUCUGCUGCAGUCUGUGACUUCCAAACCAGGAAUAAAACACUCUUUUUAAUAAAAUAGAAAAAAAAAAGAAGAAAAAAAAAAUCCUGUGCUAGUCUCCCAGCAAAGUGUACGUGGUCUGGAGACUUCAAAGUUUUUAUAUGAGUUCACAUUUAGCAGCAGCUUAUUAAUAACCCUCAAGCUGUCAGAAUCUCUAUAGUUACCAUUUACAAUUUUAUACUGUGAAAAAUAUAGAUCAGUGAAAAUAUAAAGAUAUCUCAGAAGUUACUUUGAAGAGGGUCUGAGGCCUGGGAGAAUUUCUAAUGUUUAUUGAAGAAUGGGGCAUGUAUAAAAAAGUUGGCUGGAUUUCACUGAUCUUCCCAAUGUGAACAAAUAUACUAUGUAUAUUGUGUGUCUUUCUAGAAUUCAAUGGCAGCUGCUGGUGAUGUUGUAAUUAGAAAUCUAUAUAGAAUAUAGAUGUUUAGAGAGAUGGUGCCAAUACUAAAAUAUUUGUGUGGGCUACAAGUGCUUGUACUUAAUUUUUUCUGCACUCAGAACUGAUUUGGUUUUAAAACUGUGUGCACAAUCUGUUCUUUUUCUGUUGUUGCAGCUUGUACUAUUAAAACAAUAGAGAAUGUUAAAUUAUUUUGAUGUGAAUUGCAAAUGAUUUUUUUCAUAAAUUUUAACAUUUUUAUCA